ACGGAAUACACAAGCAAACAUAUUGAUAGGGCGAAAACGUCGGAGAUAAUUGGCUGAAAUAAUAUUUCCACGAUCAAGAUUCUUCAAAAGUGAAUGGACUGCCUUAAGUAGGCCAGUGUGAAACAGUGGUUUGUGUAUAACUGAAGAAAUGAUAAUUAUACAGGUACUCUCACUUAUUCUAAUUGGCUUUACUCUGCCCACGAAAGUAUCAGCAGUUAAAAAAGAUGCCAGUGGCAUUAAGUUUAUACCAACAAUACCACCGCAGGACGUCAAGGAGACUUCUCGUACUAGCCGCCAGUCGUCGUUGCUGUAUACACCUAUAAACAACUUAAAGUAUCACAAUAAUUUCCUCCCAGUGUCAGUACUAGUCAACGGAGGAGUUACGUCGGAACAGGAAGGUUCGUCUGGGUAUAUAACCCAACAAGUGCAGGAACAUUAUCAGAACUUACCACAGAAACAACAGCAACAGAUCCUAGCAGCCAUCAGAGCCGCUAAACAGCCGAAAUCCCCAGUGUACCACGCCACGCCUCUGGAACCUUACGGUGCGCUGCUGAAGCAAGCAUCGCCGUCCAAGUAUGAAGAGAAGACAGUUGUGGUGACGCCGAAACCAAUCGUUGAGCAUCACCAAGGAGAUCAGUCUGCAGCGGAAGAAACUGGAGAUCACUCAUACUAUACAAGCAAUAAUUUUGUGGGAAAGCACACAGAGGUCGUGAUUCCAGAGACAAAGCACGAACCUCUCGCCUACAAGUCCCUCCACCAGCACCACCAGACCCUUCAUAUCCACGAUGACCACGAGGAGCCCAAGAACUAUGCUGCGAAGUACCAGUUUGGAUAUCAGGUUCGGGACCCGAAACACGGUACAUAUUUCGGUCACGCGGAAGCUCGUGAUGGACAUCACACGAAAGGUCACUAUCAUGUGCUGCUACCUGACGGCAGAUUACAGAAUGUGCAAUACUGGGCAGAUCUCAGUGGCUACCACGCACAAGUCUCCUACAACGCGGCUGCAAAACACCCGGUAGCCCAGCACCAAUGAAAAUACUUCACAGUAUUUUUUCUCCUUAGUAAUUCAUCUGUCAGUUUCUUCAUAGCCACUUGGCAAAUACCUUAUAAAAAUGAUUAUCCUCAAGCCCGAAUUUUUAUUUCGUGUGACUUAGCGUCAUAUUCAGGAUAUCCGGGAUGAACUGAACUAGAAAGAAAUUACUGCAGGCUGGUAUAAAUAAGAUGGGAUCUAUGUCAGUACCCAACAUUCUGCAGUACGUUCUCUUUGUCAUUAAGGAACCUUCAAUUUUACAGUACGAAUAACACCUCAUUGUCAUUUGUAAAUACAGCCCGUAAAACAAACGCGUUUUUCGAUGGCUCUUUCAGCCUAUUCAGGGUUCAGGCCUCUUAUUUAGUUCCGUAAUCAUUUUUCACAGACGGUAGGACUCCUUGGACGAGAGAUCAGCUCGUUGCAGGGCCGGUACCUAAACACAGGAAAACAGAAACACAGCAUAACGUAUACAAAAACCAAACAUCCAUGCCUUGAAUGGAAUUCGAAUCCAAGAUUCCAGCUUCCGAGCGAGCGAAGACAUUUUAUGCCUUGGACACAAAGACCACACUAAUAGCUGUAAAGUAGGAGAAGAAUUUACAGAAGAGUUUAAUAUCUGAGGCUCAAUAAAAAUGGUUUACUGGAAAAUAAAAUUUAAAACGGAACAACUUUUAAAAACGAAUUAAUUUCAAGAUUGCGAGGAUGCAUGUGUUGCAGAAAUAGGAGACCAUUUUCGAACCAAGUUGAUAUCUUAUCUGACUGUGCAAGGAAUUUAUGUAACUGGAUAUGCUCUCACUCUAAAGUGUUCCAGUGCCUGCACUAAGAAUAUAACGCGAAAAUGAGAUAAUUACAAUUAAAUUUAUAAUUAAUUUCGUAAUAAUUUUGUCAGCCUGGGCCAUUUGAUUGUUAUAUACUUAACAUCCGCCUUUUUCAAAAUUACAAGGGGUUGAAGACCUAUAUUAAAAUAUUCCAUUACUAAUUUUCUAUUGAAUAAUACAUCACUAUAUAUGAGGUAUUUCGAUAAUCGACUUUAUUAGUGAAGUAAUUCUGAAUAGGUACUGGAGACGUUGAUAUGUACGUAGAACUGUUUCCAUCUUCUUACAUAUAUAAGAACUGAGGACUCAAUUAUUAACAUUUAGCUGAAACCAUUCAGAUUUCGCAGGAUUUGAGGUGCUCGCGUUUCCUUUACUUUUAAUAUAAAACGUCGUACUUGAAUACAGAUGGAAAGUAGUACUUGUUACUAAAACUUUAAAUUGUCUGCACACUGUAAUCGAGUCUCAUUCAUUAUAUAUACAUAUUAAAAGGCUCAUAAAUAAUCAUUUACUUCUUUCGGAAUUUCCUCAUGUAUUAACUGCACUGAAUGGGGCUCGAAUAUUCAUUACUUGCUAAUAAUCUUAUUACCUACAUACUUACUUACUUACUUACUUACUUACUCAUGAAGCUGAGCCCU